AUGCUGUGCUGUUGUAAAAGUUUUCUCGGAGCGGACGAUGAAGAAAGUUUUUACACGUUGCUCAACCUAGACCGUGACGCCUCUGUAGAUGACAUUAAGCGUGCCUACAAACGACAAUCUCUACAAAUGCACCCGGACAAACUCGCGCAACGUGGACAUACUGUCACAGCUGCCGAUCAACUAAGAUUUACACGCAUGAAGGAAGCCUACGAGAUACUAUCAGACCCGUACAAACGGGAAGCAUACGAUGCAAUCGGU